UCUGAGCUCUUCACAAUAGCGGCCUCCGUGAUCUGCAAUGUGGGCUCCCUGUUCCGGUCUUUUCCAACAUCAACAUGGGUCCGAAGGCAAAGAAACCCGCAGCGAAGACUGUGGCAAAGAAGGAUGAAAAGUCUGCAGCACCUGCUAAGGCUGACUCCGGUGUGGUCAAGGCAAAGGAAAAGGCUCUGAGAGCUAAGAAGUCCGUAGUCCGUGGCCGUCAUGACAAAAAGAGCCGCAAAGUCAGAACUUCCGUUCAGUUCAGACGGCCCAAAACAAUGAAGCUCCCAAGGAAUCCCAAGUAUCCUCGCAAGAGUGUGAACAGGACUAACAAGCUUGACCAAUACUGCUUGAUCAAGUACCCCCUCACCACUGAGUCUGCUAUGAAGAAGAUUGAGGACAACAACACUCUGGUAUUCAUCGUUGACAAGAGAGCCAACAAGCCAAUGAUCAAGAUGGCUGUGAAGAAGCUGUACGACAUUGAGGUUGCAAAAGUCAACACUCUCAUCAGACCUGACUGUGAGAAGAAAGCAUACGUACGACUAGCUUCCGAUUAUGAUGCCUUGGACGUUGCCAACAAGAUUGGCAUCAUCUAAAUUGAGACUGUUCCAAUAAAUUUAUGUCACAGUACA